AUGGCUCCAUAUGAAGCUCUUUACAUACGAAAGUGCAGGUCGCCUAUAGGGUGGUUCGAUGUUGUGGAAACUACAUUAGUAGGAGAAGAAUUGGUACAGCAGGCAAUCGAGAAAGUUAAGCUUAUACAGGAAAGGCUAUUAGCAGCUCAAAGCCGUCAAAAGUCUUAUGCGAAUAAUCGAGACGAGACUUGGAAUUUCAGGGUCAUACGCAAGGUAGGCCAGGUAGCAUAUGAGUUGGACUUGCAUUCGGAUUUGGAGUCUGUACAUACAGUCUUUCAUGUGUCUAUGCUCCGUAAAUGUAUCGGAGAUCCUUCCAAAAUCGUGUCAGUUGACGAUGUUCAGGUCACAGAGGAGCUAUCAUACGAAGAAACUCCAACUGCUAUACUAGAUAGACAGGAAGAAGAGGCAGGGACGGUUGUUUUCGGUGAAGAUGAAAGGGGAAGGCUGCUUCGUUUUGCUUUUUCGAGUUUUGUUUCUCUCCAGAUCUAUCUUAUCUAUUUGUAUUCUUUUCUAAGGUGUGAAUUCCUCUCCAGGAAAUGA